AGCCACGAUCUUCGAAUAAUAAUAACGGUCCUCGCGAGAAAGCAUGGCUACCCUCGUUGAAACGCCACUAAGUAGACAUGAAAAAAGCCUUGGUUUGCUCACUACGAAAUUCGUUGGCCUACUUCAAGAAGCACCAGAUGGAGUAUUAGAUCUUAAACAAGCGGCUGACACAUUAGCAGUUCGACAGAAGAGGAGAAUAUAUGACAUCACAAAUGUCCUUGAAGGAAUUGGAUUAAUAGAGAAGAAAUCAAAGAACAGUAUUCAAUGGAAGGGAGGUGGACCAGGUAGCAAUACAAAGGAAGCCACAGAAAGGGUAGAAGAAUUGAAAUCAGAACUUGUUCAGUUAGACCAAAUUGAGCAGGAGCUGGACCAGCAGAGGUCGAGGGUCCAACAGAGUAUCAGGAAUGUGACGGAUGAUGUAGAAAAUAGCAGAUUAGCGUAUGUAACACAUGAAGAUUUAUGCAGAUGUUUCAAAGGCGACACAUUACUAGCAGUACAAGCCCCUUCAGGAACACAGCUGGAAGUACCUGUACCAGAAAGGGGUCCAGACAAUCAGAAGAGAUACAUGGUUCAUCUGAAGAGUUUUAAUGGUCCUAUAUAUGUUCUUCUAGUCAAUAAGGACGAGACCAGCAAUAGUCCCGUGGUGGUUCCAGUACCACCCCAUAACCUUCAGCCACCCUUACCUGCCCAAAGAACCACUAGAGCAAGUCGCCUUGUACCUGCUGAAACAAUAGAACAACCAAUUGCCGCUCCAGCGGUAGUAGUUCAGCAGCAGCAGCAACCCAAACCACCCAAAGUAGUGGCUGCUGCACCUACCCCAGUCUCUAUCAUUCCUGUUCCUGCAGAACCUAUGCUAACUGAUACCAAGGUGAAGGAAGAGGUGGCAGAAGAGAGCUUAAAUGGUGCUAGCCCAGUAGUUGCCAUGCCGACCCCAGUUUCUAUAGUUCCUAUAGUAGAAUCUAUACUCCCUGAAACAAAUGUCGUCAACAAUGGUAUUAGUUCAGAGAGUCUGAAAGAUCUACAAACAGAAAUGCUAUUUGAUCCGUAUAAGGAUUCACCAUAUAUGGAUGACUUUGCAGAUCCUGAAACAUACCCAUUAUUGCGAUUAUCACCUGCACCUAACGAUCAAGACUAUUACUUCAAUCUCGAUGACAGUGAAGGAGCAGCGGACCUCUUUGAUCUAUUUUCCCAAUUAUAGGGAAAACUCCAGCAAAGAAUUCAUUCCUUGUAAAUUUAUUUCAAUACCUUUUUACAUACUAGUAGUGGCCUUGUUGAAUUAUGAAUUAAAUGAAAUGAAUGAAUUUGAAAUUUGAUUUAUGCAUUUUUUUAUGUUUUCCCUUUUUAUAUGUUUUAUUAAUAAUGUGUCAUAAUUAUUUUGGGUUCUGUUAUCACAGGCAACAUACUGUACUGCAAAUCUUUGUUCUGAAAUUUUUUGAAGUAGAUUUAUUUUAUCCCUAAUUAUCAGUCAAUGGAUAAUAGAGCUCCAGACAAUAUUUAUGUUUACAUUGUAUUACUAGAAUUUGCCACCUGUUUUCAUUUUAUAUUUGUCUUAUUGCUCUGUUUAGUUCAACAAAGAGCUGUAUGACAUUCUUUUUAAAAUAUAUUUUUAUUUUCAUUAUAUGAAAAAUCAUUGCCAUAAUAUAUUUUAUUUCUUCAGAAUAUUGCAAAUCAAUGAUUUUGCAUACAUCCUUUAUGUUUAUGUGAUAUAAAUAUGUUCACAUAUGUUGUAUGAAUUAAUGAAGUCCAUCAUUUAAGAAUUAUCAUGACCCUGAACAAUUCAGUCUUUGCAUGCUAUGGCAUUUCUGCAUAAAGCUAUACCUCGGAAUUCCAGUACUCCCUCUAAAGUUAUACCCUUAAAUUAGGUUGGAUUGUAACUACUGCAUUUCAGUAAUUUUAUAUGUUAUAAGCAAAUAAGUGAAUUUAUUCCUUAUGCAGUAUUCUCAUUUGUUUAUGCUUGUUUCUGUAAUCCCAAAUUGAUGAAAAACAUCUUGUUAGGUUUUUGUCAUCACUAAUGGAAAAUAUUCAACCAAGACUCUCUUGUCUUUCUGAUUGUUAGCUCUUAUACAGUGAUCAGAGAUACCAGUAAAGCUCAAAUACAAAACAUUCUCAAAAUUUGCGUUAUAUCUGCACGUUACUUCUAAGCUAUGCAAGAAUAUGUAUACAGGUGCAGGAAACCAAAGCAGUAAAUUUCUUUGAAUUAAUCUUCAAAGCUCUUGAUGACAUGUAUCACUAUCAGCUCGUGUAUUUAUGAUGUACUUGUAACGGAUCCAUAACAUUUCCUCCGGCGACAAUUGCUCUACUCUAAAUUCCACA